ACGGGCCUGACCAGGCGGGGCUUGGGUCUGCGGUGCCCGCCGGGUUUUUGUGGUUGAAGAGGCCGGCUCUCCGCUACUGGGCCCAGGAAGAUGGUGCUGGGUGGUUGCCCGGUGAGUUACUUACUUCUGUGCGGCCAGGCGGCUUUACUGCUGGGAAAUCUACUUCUGCUGCAUUGUGUCUCCCGGAGCCACUCGUACAACGCUACCGCAGAGCCCGAGCUCACAUCCGCUGGCGCCGCCCACCCGGAGGUCUCCGCCGGUUCUCCGAGCUGGGAAUAUGGCGACCCCAACUCUCCAGUCAUCCUUUGCUCUUACCUACCUGAUGAAUUCAUAGAAUGUGAUGACCCAGUGGAUCAUGUUGGAAAUACAACGGCAUCUCAGGAACUUGGUUAUGGUUGUCUCAAGUUCGGUGGUCAGGCCUACAAGGAUGUGGAACACACAUCAGUCCAUUGCCAUGCUUUAGAUGGAAUUGAGUGUGCCAGUCCUAGGACCUUCCUACGAGAGAAUAAACCUUGUAUAAAGUAUACCGGACACUACUUUAUAACCACUUUACUCUACUCUUUCUUCCUGGGAUGUUUUGGAGUGGAUCGUUUCUGUCUGGGACACACUGGCACAGCGGUAGGGAAGCUAUUGACACUUGGAGGACUUGGGAUUUGGUGGUUUGUUGACCUUAUAUUGCUUAUUACUGGAGGGCUGAUGCCAAGUGAUGGCAGCAAUUGGUGCACUGUUUACUAAAAAGAGCUGCUGUUAUAGCGCAGACAGACAAGUCUUCUGAAUUCAUCUCUUCAGACACACAGACUCACUUCCUUGAUAUCAGACCUGACCAUUACUCUCCCUCUUAGGAGGGAAUGGGUUUGGUUACGGAGGUUUCUUUGGACUGUGGAUUUUCAACACAAAUUUUACCUUGCAGAAUAGAAAUGACAAACAGUGUUGUGUGAACCAAGUUUGUACCUUUCCUCGUGUACAAAAUAUAAAGGCUAGUGACUAACUUAUAAGCAGUGGAAGGGUUUCCAUACUCUUUUUCUGUACAUGGCUGUAUCUUCAAUCCUUUGGAGCAGGUGAGUCGGACAAGAUGAGCAAAGGGAAUAUUUUUAGCCUUGUGCCUUUUGUGACCCUGAGUCUCCAUGCAGAGGAGAUCUGAAGCUGAACCUAUGAAUAUCUUCAGGAGAAGUAGAAAUGGCCAUGGAUUUUAAUAUACACUGAAAUUCUGAUGACUUUCUGAAUUUAAAUUGCAGAAUAAAUUUUGCCAACCUGGAAUGCUGUUUGGGUAUUCUCAGUAGGUAGAGUAAAACUCAAAAUUAUAUGUGUUUCGCUAAAAGCUAGGUGGUUAAAGUGAACCACCCUAUUAAUAAACCCUAUUGUUUCACCAUUAUUAUGCUUUAAAAGGCACUAUAUACAUAGAAAUAUAUAUAUGCAUGGAAGUAAUAUUUUCAUUUCCGAUUAUAGUUUGAAAGCCAACAAUCUCAGACCUGUUUGGGUUAGGCUGUCCUCUUGGCAGAAUUUCCCUAUCUGAAAAGUAGUUAUUUACCAGUUUAGAGAGCCUCUGUCAUAGGCUGGUAAAAGAAAUUCAUACAAGUGACUAUAAAGCUAGUCUUCAUGAUAAGGUAAGAUAAGGUGAGGAGCCUCAUGUCCUUGGAAAGAAAAACAGACUCUUACCUAAAGGAUAUUAUUAGGGAGUGCUGGAUAGUGUUAGGAUGUGAUUUAUGGGGACAAAGAGAACAGCACUUUCUGGCAAAAUAAGCAUGGUACCAGAAGCUCUCACUGUGGCUACAGCAGUCAGUCAUAGGGAAAGAGACACCGCCAAGCUUUGCACUCCCAAAUCACUGAAAAUAAAGGAAAUGUUUUGAAUUAUAAGUGGUUUGAAAACUUAGUUCCCAUUCCUUUGCAAUCUAAAUUGAAAAGCAUGGCCAAAUAUAAAGUAAAAGGGGGACUUUGUGGGUAAAUCAAACUAAUCCUGCUCUUGGGAACAACUUAUAAAUUCUAAAAACAAUCACGGUAGACCUGCUCAAGUUUGCUUUCAUAAUAAUUGACUUAAAGACCAAGAAUCACGGUUAAAAUAACUCUGGAAAUGCUCUAUCAUUGCGAUACAGCUUUCCGAAAAGUUUUAGCUUUAUUACUCCUGAUUAAUGUGAUCACUGUUCUUAUAUUAUUAAAUGGUGGCAAUUGUAUAAAAAUUAAAGCAGAUUAUUCUGUUCUGUCUUGAAAGUUCUGUACCACAUUGACCUUACCUUGCUUAUAACAGUAAUACCUGGUAGAUUUGUAUUCAUAAUCUCUAUAUUCUAAGGCAGUGUUUUUUAAAUUGUUGUGGGUGAUGAAGAAACUUGGACCCUCUCCCCAGAAAAAUGCACAAACACAUAAAUUUUAAGGUGAGUCUAACGAUGCCAUAUUUAAAAAAAAAAAAAAAAA